CUCGAAAACUUUGCCGCGCUCGAGCCACGAUGGUACUAAUAUAACUCUCGUCGGUGCUUUCGGGAGCUUGCGCACUAGGUGCAGCCUCGCGCAGCGCGUGAGAGUGGACGGGCGUCAGUCGAAGCUCCCAUCGAAAUAGACACUAUCGUUUUUUACCCCCCAAGUAACUUGUCUUCUGCUAAAAUUGGCUUUGUAUAUCGGACGCGUUUUGCGCUUCGACGUAAACAUUCUUCCCUCGAACAGGUGAAUACUGUGCGAUUUUCGAUCGUUUCUCAUCGCUUCUCGUACCACAUCGUCUCUACUCACAGUCUCCGACGCUUUGUGUUUUUGAAAUUCGUAAGAAAAGCUCGAGCUUUUUUGCUCGUCGGACUUACCUGGGCUGAAUUUCGAAACGCGGUUAACUCGCUACUCGCUGCAAUUGCUGAUAAAGGGAUAAAAUCGAAGAUCCGUGAGAUGAGCUCGAACGCAGAGAAAAUGACGUUUUAUUUUGGAUUGAGAUUCGAGCGCUUCCGUUGGGAUUACAGCGGUAUUCUCUAAGCCGACGCUCCGAUGGACAAAGAAAACAGUGACUCGAUAAGAAACAAAGGAGGGAAAGAGACUUUUAUAUUCGGCAGCUGGAAAUGCCGGAAUCCCAGAAAGACGAGGGUCUGCUCCGGGGACUUGGUGUCCAGCGCUGAAAGGGAAAAGUCUCCGUACACGAAACGAGAUCCGAGCAACCAGCAGACUGCUCUUGCCUCCUCGUCGAGUGUCUACAACAUCAGCAGCAUUGACAACCACAAAAACGCUCCGAUAAGCGCAACCGAACAAGAGCAAAACGAGAUCAACGCCACGGCGACAAGUAGUAAGCGAGCUAUCUCGGUCUACGAUCAGCUGCACGAACAGGAUUUCUGGUGUCCCCGAUGCAGCGGAAAGAUGGAAGAGCCGAGGCUGCUGCCCUGCUUACACUCGGUCUGCAACAACUGCGUCAACGAAUUCACGAGCAAGGACUAUCACGGCUCGUCUCGAGUAACGCGAGACGACGCCGCUGCUGGCUACCUGGUCAACGGUCAGCUCGAGGGCUGUCCGAUAUGCGACUUUCCGCUUCCGAAGCACGGAGGCGCGACACCGCCCCCGCAUUACUCGCUGCAGCAUCGGCUGGUCAUCUACGCGGUCAGGCGUAGACUCUCCCAGAGAGCCAUCUGCUGCGACGCCUGUGCCGAGGAGGUUCAGGCUACCCAGCACUGCUCGAGCUGCCUCUGCAACUUUUGCCAGGACUGCGCCCAGGAGCACGAAUCUCACGCGCCGGACCAACGAGUCCACCGAAUCCGUCCUCUCUGGGAGGCGAAGCGCAUCCGUCGCGUGGCCGUCUGCCUGGCGCAUCCGGCCCACCCUCUGCGAUUCCACUGCCUGGCCUGCCAGCAGGUCACCUGCAAGGAGUGCAUGUGGCACGAGCAGGGAGGUCAUCGGGCUCACGCGAGCGAAGACGCGGCCAGUGCCGGGGCCAGGGCGGUCAUUCAGCUUCAGGCUGCCCUGAGGAGGGCCAGGAGUUUGCUGAACGCCCUGCUGACGGAGUACAACGAGAGGGUCUUCGACGCCGGGGACGCUCGUGUGGCCAGGUCGCACACGGCCUUCGAUUAUGCCAGAGACAGUUUACCUCCGACCUGUCACGUCCGCAGCCGCUCGACCAUAUCGUCGCAGUCGCGCGAGGCGAAAGAAAGAAUCCAAGAGUUUUCGCGUCUCCGAAGAGCGAGAUACUUGAUCGACGCUAUAUUUAUAGGCGAGGAUCUGCUCGCGAACGGCUCGGACGUCGAGAUACUGAGCCUCAAGCGGAUCAUUCUCAAGCGAUUAAAGUUUCUCGGAGUAGCCGUCGAGGCUCAGGCGCAGCGAUUCAACAAUAAUAGCGCGAACAAAAAGGAGUUACGAGCGCUGCACAGCGGGAUUUAUCAUUGUUGUACAUUCUGCUCGAGUGGGGGAAAGAAAGAAGCGACUUGUGCCUGCAGUGGAACGAUGCCAGCGAGAGACUUGUCUCGAGUUUCAGGCGGAUACAAAGGCUGUGGUCACGGGCAUCCCGGUCACCCUGGUCUCCAUCACUGGUCCUGCUGCGGAUCGAUUUAUCGUGACGGCAUUUGCUUGCUUCCGCGAAAGUGUACCUUCAAGAUAACGCUGUAAAACUUCGUAUUCUGUAUACCUGUGAGCGAAAUUCAGAGCCUAUAUUUUUUAUAAAAAUAAUCUAAAAAGCUUGUUACCAAAGACUGCUAAUUUUUAUCUUUAAUCGCAUGGGGAAUGUUGUUGUUACUGAUCAGAAUUUCUUUUCGUUAAAUCAAAAUCUUUAUGAGUCUGUUAUUGUGAAGUUGCUUCACAAUUUAUUUUUAAUUCGUUAUGUAUAUGUAAAACUACGUAUGUCAAUAAACAAUGUUUGUGUCUUAAAAAA